AUGGCGCGUCCACGCAAGGACGUCAAGUUCCAACACCAGGUGCGGAGUGCCAGCAACAACCGCAUCCGCCGCCCCUCGCAGAGCCAGUCCGAGUUUGACAAUGAGCCCGCCAGUCCGACUGUAAAUGGCCACACGCCUGCCCCAAUCACCGAAUUGCCCCAGUCGGAAUAUGAAAAGAAAAAGGCAAACUUCAUUACGCGAACCAUAUGGACGCUGGUCAUGAUCGCAGGCUUCUUCUGGGCCCUGGGCGCCGGCCAUCUCUUCAUUAUCAUCAUUAUUACAGCCGUGCAGAUAAUCUCUUUCAAAGAGGUCAUUGCGAUCGCCAAUGUGCCUAGCAAGGCCCGUAGCCUUCGCUUCACCAAGUCGCUCAACUGGUACUUUCUCGGGACCGCCAUGUACUUCCUGUACGGCGAAAGCGUCAUCUACUACUUCAAGCAUAUCCUCAUGGUCCCCCACAAGAAUGCGAAUCGAGUUGGGCUAAUCUCACUAGGCUUCGUCUUCUUCGUCACCACACUGCAAAAAGGCCACUACAAGUUCCAAUUCACUCAGUUUGCAUGGACCCACAUGGCUCUCUUCCUCAUUGUGGGCCAGGCGCAUUUUGUCAUCAACAACAUCUUUGAGGGCUUCAUCUGGUUCAUCCUACCCGCCUCCAUGGUCAUCACAAAUGAUAUUUUUGCCUACCUCUGUGGAAUCACGUUUGGGCGCACGCCUUUGAUUCAAAUCUCGCCCAAGAAGACAUGGGAAGGCUUUCUGGGCGCAUGGUUCUUCACCAUUCUCUGGGGACUUGGGCUCACCCACUUCCUCGCCAAGUACAAAUACUUCAUUUGCCCUGUCAAUGAUCUCGGUGCGAACAUCUACUCUGGCCUUGAGUGCAAACCAAACCCAGUUUUUAUUGAGCGCAACUACUCGAUUCCAUUUUUUCCAGAAGGUCUACCAUUGCCACGCACUUUCGACAUUAUGCCAGUCCAAUUCCACGUCUUGAUUCUGGCCACCUUCGCUUCGUUGGUAGCACCCUUUGGCGGUUUCUUUGCCUCUGGCCUCAAGCGCACAUUCAAGAUCAAGGACUUUGGUGAUUCCAUUCCUGGACACGGUGGUAUGACUGACCGGUUCGAUUGUCAAUUCAUCAUGGGAUCAAUUGCUUUCUUCUAUUAUUCGAGCUUUAUCGCGGUAAACCACACGACAGUCGGUGGUCUCAUUGAGGCUGCCGUCACAGGCCUUACGUACGAAGAGCAGAUGGAGGUCGUUCGCAUCCUGAGCAAGCAUCUUGUCAAUCAAGAGGUCAUUUCGCCAAAGAUUCUCGAGUUGCUUUCCACACAGGUGAUCAGGAGGUGA